AUGGCGUCGCCCCCGCUGGCGGCCGGGAGCGGCGGCGAGGGGAGCUCGGGCUCGGCGGGGCCGGAUCCGUCCGAUCGGCAGCUGUCCACCUUGUUCGAGCAGGCGGCCGAACGGCUGCCCGCCCUGCUGCCCAGCGCCAGCAAGGAACAGCUGCUGUACCUGUACGCUCGCUACAAGCAGGUGAAAUUUGGGACCUGUAACACUCCAAAGCCAAGCUUCUUUGAUUUUGAGGGGAAGCAGAAAUGGGAAGCUUGGAAAGCCCUGGGAGACACCAGUCCUCAUCAGGCUAUGCAGGAGUACAUUGCUACAGUGAAAAAACUGGACCCCAACUGGAAUCCACAGACGACAGAGAAGAGGGGGAAAGAAAGCAAAACUGCGUUUGGAGGCCCUGUUGUCAGCUCGCUGUAUCAAGAAGAAACAAUCAGGGAAGAGGACAAGAACAUUUUUGAUUACUGCAGAGAAAACAACAUUGACUACGUAACCAAAGCCAUUCAAUCGAAAAAAGUGGAUGUGAAUGUUGCAGAUGAGGAGGGCAGGGCUCUGCUCCACUGGGCAUGCGACAGAGGACACAAGGAGCUCGUUUCAGCACUGUUACAGCACGCUGCCGACAUUAACAGCCAGGACGGGGAAGGCCAGACUGCACUCCAUUACGCCUCCGCCUGUGAGUUUUCUGACAUCGUGGAGCUGCUGCUACAAUCCGGAGCCGACCCCACACUGCGGGACAAGGAGGGCUGCCUGCCAGAGGAGGUGACAGACUGUAAGGCCAUCACCUCGGCCCUGCAGCGGCACACAGCAGGCAAGGUGUAGCCGUGCCAUGCGGCCGGAUGGGUACCAUCGUGCAGCAAAGCCCUGCUCUCCUCCAAGCAGGCUGCGGGUCAGGGUUUUGCAUGCUCUGACAUCUAGCAGUAUUCCGGGGUAAGGAGGGGGGACAGGACUUGGAUAGGUCCCUGUGUUUUAGUGCACACUGCCGGGGAGGGCUGCUGGCACAGCCGGGGCCAUGGGGUUGCAUUACGGUUUGGGUUUUUUUUUUCUCUUGGGUCCAAGCAAAACACUAUAAAUAAAACAAGCACAGUGUUGGGA